UGGAUAGUUGCUUAUUAAUCUAGGGUUGAAGGCCAUUCCAGCCUGGUCUCUGGUCACCAGGCUAAUGGGCCCGUCAUUGAGGAGGAAGCUACUAGAAGCUGGACUGGAGAGGCAGUUUCCUUUCCACUGACCUUUUACUUUAAAGAAAUCCUAGUAAGGACCAUGCUCCUGCAUCCACCACUCCCUGUGCUUCUCCUGUGUGUGCUGGGCAUGUCUGCAUCAAAGUCACAAACCUGUGAGGAUACCCUCAAGAGUUGCUCUGUGAUAGCCUGUGGCAGAGAUGGGAGAGAUGGACCCAAGGGAGAGAAGGGAGAUCCAGGUCAAGGGCUCAGGGGCUUACAGGGCCCUCCAGGGAAAUUGGGACCUCCAGGAAAUGUAGGAGCCCCUGGAAGUUCAGGACCAAAAGGCCAAAAAGGAGAUCGUGGAGACAGUAAAGCCAUUGAGGCAAAGGUGGCCACUUUGGAGGCAGAGCUAAGAAAUCUGAAAUCAGAACUGGAGCACACCAAGAAGUUGCAUGCCUUCUCAAUGGGCAAAAGGUCUGGGAAGAAGUUAUUUGUGACCAACCACGAGAAGAUGCCCUUUUCCAAAGUGAAAGCUCUGUGCACAGAGCUCCGAGGCACUGUGGCUAUCCCCAGGAAUGCUGAGGAGAACAACGCCAUCCGUGAGGUUGCCAAAGGGGUUGCCUUCAUAGGCAUCACAGAUGAGGUGACUGAAGGCCAAUUCAUGUAUGUGACAGGGGGGAAGCUCACUUACAGCAACUGGAAAAAGGACGAGCCCAAUGACCAUGGCUCUGGGGAAGACUGUGUCAUCAUAGUAGAUGGUGGGGUGUGGAAUGACAUUUCCUGCCAAUCUUCCUUCCUGGCUGUCUGUGAGUUUCCAGCCUGAGGAAGCUAGUGCCACUAUCUUCUCCUUGGUUCCUCUCUGAACUCUCAGUUGCUUCCAAAGAAAAUUAAGUACUGGUUUCCCAA